UCGAGUUCGUUCCCUCGUUUGAGUCGUAUUACGCAAAACUCUUCUACGAGCGCGCUUUACCAAGAUUACAUAUCGCUGCGAAAUUUUUCCUCCGUAAUUUCUUUUCAUGGAUGCUAUCGAAGGGAACCAUCCUCGGAAGCAAACGACAACCAAUAAUGCUUUGAUAGUCCGCUAUCGCGUUUACAGUCGUCGCGUUCGCAUGAUGCUUCAUCUUGGUGGUGUUUUACAAGACCGAACACAUUCCGCGACCCAAUCGUACAUCGUUGGAUUCUUGGUGAUCUUUAUGUGCUUGCCUCAGUGUGUCUUCUUGUUUAAUUUCACUCGGCACCACGUUGGCAAUUUGUUGUUGAUAGUGAAGUGCUUCGGCCAGAUAUGCACCUUCUUCGCGCCUGUGUUAAUGUCAGCCUGCUUCCUGAAGAAACGCAAGAAAUUGAUCGAGCUCCACGAGACGUUGAAGGAUCUAUUUGAGCGGGAACUUGCGCAGGAUCCGGAAGUCGCUCUCGCGAAUUUAUACGCAUUCGACAGGCCAUAUUGGAUGGGGUUCUGCUUUACAGGAUUGACGAUCCUGUUCUACGUCUGUCCAUCAAUGAUAUCCAUAAUCCGUCAGAUCGUUCACCAGACGGAACCAAGGAGAUACAGAUUGCCCUUCAUGGCGGAGUUUCCGUGGACCGUUCAUGUCGACGGUGGUUUCCUAUUUUAUCUGCAUUAUUUGUAUCAUUUGAUCGUCGCCUGGUACAUAGUCAUCACUAUCAAUAGCGUCGAUGGCCUCUUCGGCUUCUACGCGUUUCAGAUCUCCUCGGUUCUGAACGCGAUGACCGUCAAAUUGAUAAAUUGGAGAUCUAGGGAGACGUUUUCGGAGAUGCUGGUAACUUGUAUACGGAUGCAUGGACAAUUACUCCAAUGCAGCAAUAUGUUGGAAGAUAUCUGGCAACUGAUAAUCGUACGACUGCUUCUUGUCAACAGCAUGCUUAUAUGCGCACUGAUCUUUGAAGCGAGCCAGUUUACAGAUAUUUCGAGCACUGAGGUUUUUGGAUUCGUCUUUUACAUAUCAUUAAAGCUUUUGCAAACAUUUAUGUAUGCUUUGUACGGCAACUUCAUCACAAGCGCGAGCGAACAAUUUUGCGAGGGAAUUUAUUUUAGCGAAUGGCCGGAUUCUAAUUUAGAUCGUCAUGUAAGGGCGAAUGUUAUUGUGACGAUGAUGCAAAAGCCGAUAACUAUAAGAGCACUAAAAAUGACAUCCGUAAAUGUCACUAUGUUUAGUAAUGUAAGCAUUUAAUUAACAAUUUAUCGAACAAAUCUUAGCGGAAGAUAUUAAAGCAGCUU